AUGACUGGUUUUGCAUCAUGUCCAGGCAUUGUGAUCAUCACUCUAAUAACAUCCCUAAUCUCCAUCCCUGUCAAGGCAGAAAUAUGGACGAAUGAAAUUUCAGAUGUCCAGUAUGGAAGAAUAGGAUCAAAUGUAACUCUUUUAUGCAGUGCUUCCAGAAAUGGCUCUGCAGUGGAGUGGAGACUGAAUGGCACUCGAGUUGCUUCCUCAUUUGCAGUCUUACAGAAUGGGAAUCUCAUCCUGACCAAUUCAGACUCCACAAUGGAAGGCAAUUACAGCUGUCACGACAAGAAGGGGCAGCUCCUGACAGCCACAGCACUGAGGCUUGGAUACGCUCCAGCAUUACUGAGAGUCCACUGCAUAGCAGCAAAUUACUACAGCAUCUGCUGUUCCUGGGAGCAAAAUGUGAAGACAUUUCUGCCUACUGAGUACAUCACAACCUUCAGGCAUGCCUCUAAAGCGAGCGAGACAUGUCAUCAGGACUUCUUCAGAACAAAUGUGUGCACCAUAAAAAACCCAAGAAAUUGGCACUCUUCUUAUGUGGUUAACAUCACUGAAGUGAACCCUCUUGGAUCCACAUUUACCUUGUCUAGAAUACAGUUCCAUGAUAUUGUGAAACCAGAUCCCCCAGAACGAGUCUCAGCAGAGCCUGUCCAUGGUUCCCCAAGAAGACUGCGAGUGCACUGGGAGUAUCCGGCCACCUGGCCCAAAGAGAGCUCUUUCCCCCUGAGGUUUCAGGUCCAGUACAAGCCUGUGGAAUCACGGUCCUGGUCUGUGGUGGAAACUACACAGCUCACGACAGAAUUAACAGAUGUGUUAGCUGGUCAUUUUCAAAUAAUCCAAGUGAGAGCAAUGGAUUUAUUUGAUAAUGGAAACUGGAGCAAAUGGAGCACUGAAAUCAAAGCUCUUCCUUGGCUUGAACCAACUCCUAAACCAGAGGAGUCUGAAAGCAGUACACAGAGUCAGACAGAAAAUACAGAUCAUUCUUCAACUUCAGAAUCGAAAGUUGAAAGCGAAGAACAGUAUGAGAAGCUGUCCCUACUCGUCUCUCUUGGAUCCUUAGGAGGGGUUUUUCUGGCAUUGUUGGCUUUUUUUGCCAUUUUGAUCUGGGUAAGACAUAAAGGAAAGGAGGAGACGUCAAAACAAGAACUUACCUCAGUGAUGAAGAUGAAAUCCCUGCCAGUGUAGGAU